UUAUCGAAACCUUCCAUUCCUUCGCCGCGCGGAAUUCCGAACUGCAAUGCGAAGUGUCGGUCGAACACGUGAUUGUAAGCAGUCUUGGAGAUCGUAAACAACGCGUGAUGCAGCGGGACUAGUGGGCGCCGUCUGUCGCAGACCUAGCGGCGCCGACAUCGGCCACCACCCUCAUGUGUACCGUCUGCUUUUUUCCCGUGCCCAAGGAGAUAACGUGAUGUGACAACUAUACGUGUCUGGUGCCAGUGGAAUAGUUUUGUGAAAGUGUGCAGCGAGCGUGAGUGCUCACUCGAAUCGGCUGCCGGCGCGGCCGGCGCCCCGUGACAAUGUUGAAUUGCACUGAUCUGGAAUGCAUUCUCCAUCACCACCAUUACUACGCGCAUCUGCAUCAUAUCCACCACUUGCAAAAUGCACAGGAUCCAGCGAUGUCGACCGACGGGUCGACGACAGACAUCAAUGGCUUGCUCAAUGAUACUGAGUCAGAUCUCACCAACCUCUCGCAUCUCGAUGCGCCGAAUGAUGCGAAUUACAUGAUUUGCGGCGUCGUGAUCGCAAUGGCGAUGGUCGGGCUCAUUAUUGUGCUGCUAGCUCUUACUAUUAACAAGCUGCGAAAACGGGAAGAGCACUCCGCUUCGGUGCACCCCGCCGAAGUUCUGCAGGCACCUACCGUGCCGCCCCCGGAGGCGCUUGCCUUCCGUCAGCAGCCCCUGUGGCAGUUCCCUCCGCCGCUGCCUCCGCCUUUCGUCUAUCCUCACGAUCAGGACAACUUGAUGCAGCCCAUUGGGAACGAGCGUGCGAGUUUCCGCAGCCUUCGCAAGAACAUCGGCGGUCGCUGGAAGCGACUGGUGAAAAAGAAGCCUGAACAGGAGGUGUACACGAUUCCGCCCGAGCUCAAGCCUCAGCUCAAACAGAUAUACGUGUAUUAACCUAAGCUAGCACGCUAUUAGAAUCGGCACAGAAGCAGGACACUUCACGCUGAAUAGGCGAUGACAUCAACCACUCUUCCUUGGUUGUACUUUAAGCGAAAUAUAUCAAUCAUAUCUUUUACUCGAAUAUCAAAAUUGUAUCAAACAUCUGCACGGCUCUGUUGCCAUUUUAUCUUUGAACAUAUCGUUUCGACCAAUUAAUUCUAAUUACCAAUAUUACUAAUUGAAUUUUCCUUUCAUUCAGCACUAUGUUG